AUGGUCGACGCUUCUGCCACAGUAGCUCCAACGGAGAGCAAUGGCGCUGGAGUUGCUCCCACAGCUACAUCGCCAAAGAAGAAGGUGCCUCUCAUCCAACGUAUCAAGAACAAGCUCAAACAGUUGAAUGAGAAGCGUAAGAAGGGCAAGACCAACGGUGCUGGCGUACUUAACCGAGGUACCAACGGCAGUGGCACUGUUCAUCCUGCUACAAACCAUGCUAGUGGUCAUGUCGACGGCAGUGCCUAUGGCAACCCAUCAUCCGCUCCUGUCGCUGUCAACGCUCAACCACCUCCAAGCACGCCUCUCCGCUAG